AUGUUUCAUGAGUUUCUAUAAGAGUUGGGUACAUUGAAAAAUGCAGAACUUCCAUUCCCUUUCCGUAACUAAUUCAAAAUUAAAGAGAAUUUCAUUAAUCCUAAUAGCAAACAUUUCGACUCUAUAGCCUAAAAGUUACGAAAAUCAUUUAUAUUGUUUUAGAUUAUUAUCUGAAGAGAAAGCUGGAAUUAAACGUAAAUGGGACAAAUAAUGUAAGAUGAUGUUUAUUUGGAUAUUGGGUAAAUUCUUUUAACUGAAAAACAAAAAGACCAUAAACCCAAACCAAGAGGAAUGGAUCUAAUUAGGAUCAAUCCUAAAAAUUGAUGAAACUACACUAAAAUAAAGAUGGAUUACUUUAAUUAAUCCAGUAUCCAAGAGUAUUAAUUGGGAUCCAGAAGAAGAUGAAAUCAUAAAGUCACUAAUGCAGUGAGUUUAUUUAUAUCAAUAAAUUAGUGAAUAAGAUGAAAAGCACAUUUGGACUCAUAUUGCACUUGAAUUAUAUAAUCAAAAUAAUGGAUAAUUCAUUAGAACACCCAAAUAAGUUAGAGAAAGAUGGAUUAAUUAUUUAAAUCCAAAACUUAAAAAGUAACCUCACUUAUUAAACACAAUAGAACUAAUUGGAGUCAGUAGGAAGAUCUUCAAUUAUUAAAUACAGUUGUUAAAAAUGGUAAGAGAUGGUCUCUUAUAUCUACAUUACUUGAAGGUAGGACUGAGAACUAAGUCAAAAAUAGGUAUUAUUAAUACUACCAUCUUAUAGAUUCAAAAGUUUAAUUUAAAAAAUACAUAAAGAUGAAGAAGAUGAUGAUAUUGAAGAAUUACAAGCUAUCAAAGAAUAUUUGAAUAAAUAAAACAUUGAAGAAGAGUAAGAACCAGAAAAAGAAGAACCUUAAAUUAGAACACAUUAUUCAAGAUAAGCUAAAUUAAAAUUCAAUCUAAGAGACAAGACUAAAGACAAAAUUCAAGAAGCUCCUCCAAUUGUACCUUAAGAAAUCUAAACUAAAAGAAGAAAGAUAAGUUCUUAAAUUAAGGAUUUCCUUAAUAUUGGUCUUGAUCCUGUUGUUUAAUAAUCAUAAAAGGUUUAAUAAAUUCAAAAGACAAAAUUAAAGGAAAAUAAAUAAUAAUAAUAAUAAUAAUAAUAAUAAUAAUAAUAAUAAUAAUAAUAAUAAUAAUAAUAAUAAUAAUAAUAAUAAUAAUAAUAAUAAUAACAAUAAUAAUAACAAUAAUAAUAAUAAUAAUAAUAAUUAAUAACAAGAUAAUAAUAAGAAUAAAUUAUCAAUAAAAAAAAUGAUGAAUAAUUAUUAGAAUAAUCAUCUUUUUAACUAGAUCAAUAAUAAAAAAUUCUAUCUUCAUAAUAUUAAAUUCCCUAAUUAUAAUUAAAUGAAAAUAAUAAGAGAGAUUUAUCGACACCAAACACCUUAUCUUAUUAUUUUCAACCAUAACUAUAAUAAAUGGAAGAUUUAAAACAUGAUCAAUUCAGAUUAAAAUAAAUUCAAAUGUCUCCUAUUCAAUAACAAUAAAAUUAAGUUCACUAUCAAGGAUUUCGUCCAUUUUAAGAAGAAAUGCCUUAAUAAAUUUAAUAGACUCCUGUUUAAAUGUUAAUGGGAUAAUAUUUUAAGAAUUACCCUUCCAAUUAUAACCUAAUUUCCCCUUUCCCAUAAAUCAAUUAAACUCCUAUGGUUUACACACCUGCACAGCCCAUGUAUAUGUACAACAAUAAUAAUAAUGCUUAUAUGGGCAUGUCACCUUUGCUCAUUCGCAGUCCAUAUCAAGAGAUGUCCCCUAGUAUUCAACCUUAAUAAGUACCACUAUAGUAAAAUAUGUGGUAAACUCCACAAUAAGCUCCUAUUGAUUAAAUGUAAAGUGAAUAAUAAAAGCAAUAAUAGUUUGUAAACAAUUAUAUGUUAAUUAGAAUACAAAUUUGGAAUUUUUAAAAUCAAACAAUCUACUUAAUACAUGGAUUAAAAAAAGAACUAAUGAAAAGUAAAAUUAAACAUUUUAUGACUCAUAAUAAUCACUUGAUUAAUGA